AUGACCCGGGUCGUCGCUCGAGCCACGUCGGCACAUGCCGUACGGGCUCGUAGCCGGUUAUCAAAACCCAGGAUCCGGAAACAUAAGAUUAUUAUGGAGAGUAUUACCCAGGAGAAGAAGAAACUUCGCAGUGUCAUCUCCUUCGAAGCCAAGGCUCCUCCAGGCUACACUUUUAUUCCAGCUGGGAACCCUCAGUUUACUAAUGCUUGCAAGGAAAUAUGUCGCAAGGAUGGGCUCCAAGUUUUUGCAGUUUCGACAACCCCUCACCAACGGAUGCACGACCUUUCGCAACAGGUCCAUAGGAUUGGCUAUCAUUUCCCUAGUGUUGUUGUAGCUACAAUUUGUAUGGAAAGAGGUUUAUUUCUGUCGUCGACAGGAAAAGUUGUCCCAUAUCAUGCCUCGACCCAAAACCCCGCAGGCAUUCGUGGACAAGAAAGACGAGCCGAUUCGGAGGUGUCCCAGAAUACAAUAAACGUGGAGGCAAGGGAUGCGAUAAAGGAUCUAUUCCCUAAUAUCCCGACGAAGGAUUUAAAUCGAAUUAUUAAAACGGCUUUCCAGAAGGGUAAACGAAAAGUUGGGACUGCUGUUGAACUUCCGCUCGCCCGCCGUGUACAAUUGGCCGUUGUAGCUCAUAUUCGCCAUCUCUAUACUGACUAUGAUCGACUACUCAAGGUAACUUCCUUCCAAGAUGCCAGAGCAGCCGUUGAAGAGCCGUGCCUUGCAAAGCUUGUUCAAUGGCGAGGAGAUGACGAAAAUGGAAAGACUGUUUUGGAAGAUGUCUUCCGCGAAGUUAUAGUUAUCUCUGAUGAUGAGGAUGAUGAUGAUGAGAGUGACCUCACUGAGGAGGGUUUCGCCAGAGAUGACCGCAACUCAAGUGUGGAGGUCGUGUCGAGUAAUGCCCUGGCCGGGGAGAUUCAAACUAGACCUGUGAAUUUUGGAAAUAUUCCUGCUGCUGAGCGUGAAGCUGCCCAGGACUUUUCUGAGGAUGAGGCCCCAACUGGAUUUAGAUUCAUACCUCAGCCUCACCGAAAGAAGAAAACUACAAACAAGAAAAGGCCUGACCGUAGAGGCUUUAGUCGAUACCAAGCAUGGGAUCGAGCCCGCGACAGGUACAGAGAUGGUGGACAUCUACCUAACAUGGCUAGGGCCGACGAACGUGUAGCUCAACGCUACUCUCUUCCUCCAGCCACCCAUGAUCCGUUAAUAGAAACAAGCAGAAUAAACAUCGACCACCCAAGACCUGUAGCCCAUGAGUCGACUGCUGGCGUACCAUAUUUGAUGCGACCGUUUGACCCAAAUAAUGAGGCACGUUUCCACCGCCCGCUCAACACCUUCGAUCGUCCGUCUCUGGGUAACCGGCCGCUUCUGCUCGAAGCCCAUAAAACUCGACCUGUGCCACCUGAUCGUAUUCAGUUGGCUGACGGCGCUAUAUUUGAGAGAGCUGACAACAUCACAUUCCCUGAGUGUGAGAGGAUAGUACCACAAUCACCUGAUUUGUCGCCUGUCUUCAUCUCUUCCAAUGGACCACCAGCGCGUCCCGAGGAAAGAAUGUACCGCAUGCCUAUUGGUGGUUUGCAUUCUCCUUCCCACCGUAGAGCGGAUAUAAGUGAGUACCAAGAACACCGUGACCGUGUUCUGCCGUCAAUUGAGGGACCAGAGCCACCUAGCCAGUGCAAAAAUCAAGCAGUGGAUCACCCGGAUCUUCGACGACGGGUCCCAGAUGAAUUUCAACAUUACCACAUGAAGCCAACCAAACCUCACAUUGAGGAGGUUUCAGGCAGGAUGAACAUAAUUAAUAUUAACGAAAACAGACCCAUCUUUCCUCAAAAGAGACAGCGAGUAGAACGUAAUACUAUUCGUGAUGUAUCUCCCAUGGUAAGAAGCCGAGAUGGGAACCAUUUAUCCUUGCAACAGGGGCAAUACAAUCUCUCAAAUUAUCGUAACCAAGGUCCUUUGGAAGUUUCAUGUUCUUACGCUGAGCAGCAGUUUUUCCCCUCUGAUGAACGUCCUGAAGGCCCAGCCCGCCAUCCUGAGCGAAUAUCAAUUGGUACUAAAAGGCUUUUUGAUAAUAUUCCCCACAGUGCGCAUUUUCCUAGUGUUCUUUCUGAUCGUCCCGAACAUGGACGUCGCUAUGGAGUUCCACCUCUCCAUGAACACCGUCACGGAACUUCCAGUCAAAAACUUUUAGAAUAUCCUCACUUUAUGUCUAAAUCUACUGAAUCCGGCUAUAUGGUCAGGUCUAACGAUCGACUCGUCAGACCUGACCGUCUUUCCAAUUUCGAUCGUCGUCAACCUCAUCUUGCUGACCAUGAAGACUUUGUGGACCCAAGAGGCCCAAGCUUAGUUGUCAACGACUCUAGACGUCCAUAUGUUGUUCUACAAGAGUUGCCGCCUGUUAGGCGAAAAUUUCCCCCUGAUGAAAAUGGUCGAGUGUCUAAUAAUAAUAAGUCUCACGACUUUGUGCGUCGUGUUAAUUUGCAAGAUGUAAAUGAAUCUUCCAGACAACAAGAACCACAAAGAAGGAUAAAGGACCCUGUCAGCCCUCGCCACAACAGAUAUUUAUCUGCUCGUGCAAAGCUGGGUGCAUUCAAGGCAUACGACCGAGUCCGAGCUGAGACUCAAGCGGAUCGCCCUUAUUCACCUCAUCAAACAUUUCCCUCUCAGGCCCCUCUCUCGGGGCCUCGUAGUACUUUUUAUAUUGGCCCAGACUCACCAACACGAAGUGACCGCCCAACCUUGAACCUUCCCGAAUCUUCCUCUGCAGCCUUCCACCACCCUCCUCGGAAUGUCCGGGUACCUAUUGAUGAUGAACGGUAUCGCAACGAUGAGAUCCAAUACCACACGGUAAUUCGAGGGGCUAGCAUACGGAGAAGACCUGAAGGACGGCCGAUAUACUACGAACGAAUUCCACCGGAACGACCUAGCAUUGUUCCGGGUGAUUAA